CAAAUCCAAAUCUUGUCAUGUCAAAAAAAUAAAAUAAAACACAUUAUACAAGCCGAGUAGAAUAUUGUAAAAAAAAAUACAAUACGUCUAUUUACAUUACGGCAAAAUGGGUAACUGGAAACUAGAGGUUGGAAGGAUGGCAAUGUAUACCACAUUUCCCGUGGCACUCUUUUUCGUUUUCAACCAACCAAAAUACUUUGAAGAAUGGGUUACAAAUACAAAACGCCAGAUAUUUCCUCCCGAAAACAAACAGGACAGAGAAGACAUACAAAAGCUAAUACAAGAUAUGAGAAAGAAACAAAUGCAAGCAUUGGAAGGAGAGUAAUUAGUGUAUAGACUUAAUAUCUUUUGUUUGUUUA